CUUGACGUCGCCAUUUUGACACAGUUUCUUCCUGAAGUUUUGCGACUUUUGUCUGAAUCCUGGAUUAAGCCAGUAUGGGUGCUUGUUUGGCUCUGGGUUCUCUUGCCAGUUGUGCGUCCUGUUUGUGCGGCUCGGCCUCCUGCCUCCUGUCAUCAUGCUGCCCAUCAGCGUACAACUCCACCAUGAGCCGGCUGGCCUUCUCCUUCCUGCUGCUGCUCGGGACUCUGGUGUCUGUCAUUAUGAUCCUCCCAGGCAUGGAGGAACAUCUUAAAAAGAUACCAGGCUUCUGUGUCGGUGGCACAACCAUACCUGGCAUAGAGAACAAGGUGAACUGUGACGUCAUUGUCGGCUACAAGUCUGUGUACCGCAUGUGCUUCGCCAUGGCCUGCUUCUUCUUCCUCUUCUCCGUCAUUAUGAUCCGAGUGCGCAGCAGCAAGGACCCCCGUGCCGCCAUCCAAAAUGGUUUCUGGUUCUUCAAGUUCCUGGUGCUGGUUGGCAUAACCGUGGGAGCUUUCUUCAUUCCAGAUGGCACCUUUAAUACAGUGUGGUAUUACUUUGGCGCAGCAGGCUCUUUCAUCUUCAUCAUCAUCCAGCUCAUCCUGCUGGUGGACUUCGCCCAUUCCUGGAACCAGUCGUGGCUGGAGAAGGCCGAUGAAGGAAACCGCAAGUGCUGGUUUGCAGCUCUGCUGUUUGUCACCAUCGUCAACUUCGCCUUGGCUUUCACUGCUAUUGUGCUCUUCUACGUGUUUUACACCCAACCUGACGACUGCACAGAGCACAAAGUCUUCAUCAGCCUCAACUUAAUAUUCUGCAUCAUUGUGUCCAUUGUGGCCAUUCUGCCGAAGGUUCAGGAGACUCAACCCAGCUCAGGACUGCUCCAGGCCUCCCUCAUCUCCCUCUACACCAUGUAUGUCACCUGGUCAGCCAUGACCAACAACCCCAACCGGCAGUGUAACCCCAGUCUGUUGAGUUUAGUCCAGCCCAGCAGUCCCACUCCAGCACCAGGACCUGCUCCUCCUACCCCAGCCUCUGCAAACGUCCAGUGGUGGGACGCACAGGGCAUCGUGGGAUUGAUCAUUUUCUUGUUCUGUACUCUUUACGCCAGUAUCCGCUCCUCCAACAACGCCCAGGUGAACAAGCUGAUGCAGACCGAGGAGGGUCAAGAUCUGACCGCCGCAGACGAGGUCGCAACAGGGGAGGACGGAGUCCGACGUGCCGUGGACAACGAAGAGGAGGGCGUCACCUACAGCUACUCCUUCUUCCACUUCAGCCUCUUUCUGGCCUCCCUCUACAUCAUGAUGACCCUCACCAACUGGUACAAGCCCAACAGCGACUACCAGGUCAUGCAGACCUCUAUGCCGGCCGUGUGGGUGAAGAUCAGCUCCAGCUGGCUCGGCUUGGCCAUCUACCUCUGGACCCUGGUGGCCCCGCUGGUGCUCCCUGACAGAGACUUCAGCUAAGAGCGGUGAAGUCUGACAACACGUAGUCACUAGGCUCUUGCUGUUUGCACCUUGGAGAUAGUUUAAGCUACAAACUGAUCUGCUUAAUUGUGUAAUUUGCUUGCAAAUCCAGAUUUAAAAUUGGAGAAUGAAAUAUUAAUAUACUUCAUUUUGACCUGAUUCUUUGUGGCCCGAGUUGAAAUUUCGGUUUCGCAGAGUCGUACAAUUGUUUGACAGGAGCUUUAAUCACACAAGCCAGUUUUUCCAACUCAGGUUAUUUUUUCUAGUUUUUCCUCACUGUUACAAUAAUGUAAUUGAAAGCACUAUGUGCCUUUUAUAGGACAAGACCAAAUGAAACGUAGAUGAUCCCUGUGGGCAAUAUUUUCAUUUUGCCUGUUUUUCACUACAUUUACAUUAGAUUUUCAUACUUUUUUGUCAUUCUCUUUGUAGUCUGAUCCCAUGGAAAGGUGUCCAGUGGUAUAUUUUUCUUUUCAUGCAUUUUUAUUGCACAGCUUGCUCUAGUGCACAGUUUUAUAACAAGAGUGCCUUUUUAUAUUUUGCACGCAAGUUAUUCUGAGGGACAGUUUUUGAUAUCUUAAAAAUUUCUUGAUAUUCCAGAUUUCGGUGUAAAGUUGCUUCCUCAAUAUACUGUAUUUUCACUUUUCUUUAUAAUCAAUAAAGUUAACGUUCUAUUUCUA